AUGGACCUACCGAUACUCGCAGCGCACGGCCAUGAACAGGCUCGGCAGCAGCAGAUGCUUGUGCUGUGCGGUGUCAUCGGAAGCGGCAAGUCUACGCUAGCGGACGGCAUAGUCUCACGAUAUCCUCAGUAUAAGCGAAUCUGUCAGGAUGUGCUCGGCGACAGGCGGUCGUGUGAGGCUAUGGCCGAGCUCUAUCUCUCUCAAGGACUCUCGGUCAUCAUAGACAGGCAGAAUUUUGAUAUCAAGCAGCGCAAGCCUUUCGUCUCGAUUGCCGCCCGCCUCAAUGUGUCCGUCCUUGCCAUCGUCUUUUCGACACCUCAGGAUGUGUGUAAAGAGCGCCUAUUGCUUCGAAAAGGCCAUGAGACUAUACAAACGCCUCAGGAGGCGAUGAGGAUAUUGCCGAUGGUUCUACGCGACUGGCAGACACCCACUGCUAGAGAGGGUUUCCAUGGCAUCCUCACCCUGCCGGCGUGUCUGCCUGCAGACGCGCCGCGCUUCGUACUCGAGCAGUCGGCGGUAAUGCCCAGUGUCGCUUCACAGCCGGCAUAUAUCGGCGGCCGCGCGUUUGCAGCGGCACCGCGAGCACCGUGGGCAAGAUGA